AUGAAGAAGAAAAUCAACAUCUCCAGCGCCCAUCAUUUGAAACUUGCUCAGGCCCAGCAGCUGCAGGCCGCGCCACCGCCGCUCAUCGCCGCAGCGGAGCGCUGCUUUGACGCGCGCCAGCCGGAGGGCGUCCCGCGCGACCAUGCUGUUCCAAUUGAGAAGGCCGUGCAGGUGCUGCUCAGCACGGGCCGCCUGGCGCGGGCGCAGGCCAAAGGGCCCGGCGCUUUCAACGAGCUUUGGCUGGAGUGCAGCGUGAGCCAGGGUGGCGGGGACAUGGGGCCCUCCGCGCAGUGUUACUUGGCGGGGUGUGGCGGGUCGAUCGAAGGGCGCAUGCGUCAUGCAUGA